ACCCUUCCAUCAUCCCUGUGAAAGAGCAGCACAGAAAUGAAGGGUACUACCACCACCACCAAGGACCCCCUUCACACGUUCAAGCUCUCCUGUCGCACUUACACAAACCGCUUGUUCGCAGCAGUUUACACGUGUGCCAUAUUUGCUCUGCUUUCUCACCAUGCGCUCUCACUUUUCCACUUCACCACCCUAGUCUCCUUCUUCAUCUCCCUCUCGAUGUUCAUCUCCAAUAUUCUUCUAGGGUUCAUGUGGUCCACCACUCAAUCUCAUCGCAUGCGACCCAUCUAUCGUCAAGAGUUCCUGGAAAACCUACACAAAGUCACGACGGAGAAAGAUUUUCGGGCGAUGGACGUGUUUAUAUGUACUGCAGAUCCGUAUAAAGAGCCACCCAUGAGUGUUGUGAACACGGCCUUAUCGGUCAUGGCUUAUGACUACCCUACUGAGAAGCUCUCGGUCUAUGUAUCCGACGAUGGAGGUUCCGAGUUGACUCUCUUUGCUUUUAUGGAGGCUGCUAAAUUUGGAAGCCACUGGUUACCCUUCUGUAGGGAAAACAAAAUUGUAGAGAGGUGUCCAGAUGCUUAUUUCAGAUCCAACCACUCUAGGUACAGUGAGACUGAAAAUAUCAAGAUGAUGUACGAAAACAUGAAGGCAAGGGUAGAGAGUGUUGUUGAGAGCGGGAAGGUUGGGGAUGAGUACAUCAACAGUGAACAAGAACACCAGGCUUUCAACAAAUGGACAAACGGUUUCACUCGUCAACAUCAUCCCACUGUUAUUCAGGUCUUGUUAGAGAUCUAUAAAGACAAAGACAUCACAGGCCAUUCAAUGCCAAACCUUAUAUACGUAUCCAGAGAGAAAAGUCCAGCAUCUCCACAUCGUUUCAAAGCUGGUGCCCUUAAUGUCUUGCUCCGAGUAUCGGCUUUCAUGAGCAAUGCACCAAUAAUACUAACGCUAGAUUGCGACAUGUACUCCAAUGAUCCCCAAACGCCCAUUCGCAUGCUAUGUUACUUCUCAGACCCUGCAAUUUUGCCCAAAUUAGGGUAUGUUCAGUUUCCUCAGCGGUUUCAUGGUCUCAAUAAGAAUGAUAUCUAUGCCUCUGAGAUCAAAAGUUUAUUUCGAAUCAACCCUCUGGGGAUGGAUGGGCUUUCAGGCCCUAAUCAUUUGGGGACCGGAUGCUUUUUCUCUCGCCGAUGUUUCUUUGGAGGCCCAUCAUCUUUUGUCACUCCAGAAUUACCCGAGCUAAGCCCGGAUCAUGUCAUUGACAAGCCUAUCCAAUCCCAACAAAUUUCGGCACUGGCAAAUCAUGUAGCAGGUUGCAACUAUGAGCACCAGACCAACUGGGGUUCCAAGAUGGGGUUCAGAUAUGGGUCUUUGGUUGAAGACUAUUUUACAGGGUAUAGACUGCAGUGUGAGGGCUGGAAAUCUGUUUUCUGUGAUCCAAAAAGGGCAGCAUUUUUGGGCGAUGUACCCAUUUCCCUGAAUGAUGUGCUGAGCCAGAACAAGCGAUGGUCCGUGGGCCUCCUUGAGGUGGCAUUCUCCAAAUACAGUCCUCUCACCUUUGGUACCCGGUCCAUGGGCCCUCUAAUGGGUCAUUGCUAUGCGCACUCUGCUUUCUGGGCCAUUUGGUCCAUUCCCAUCACCAUAUAUGCAUUCAUACCUCAAUUGGCUCUACUCAAUGGAGUCAGCAUUUUCCCCCAGACAGGACUUUGUGAUCACUUGGGUACCAAAUAAUAUGGAACAUAUCCAGUAAAUAAAUAAAUUAGAAUUAGAUAAAUAAUUAAGUAACUAUAUAUGAAUUUAUGUUAGGAAUCUGAGUACUAUUUAGUCCUACUUGUCAGUUUUAAAGGCAAAUAAGUCAACGUUUAUAAGGACCAUAAAAUACUACUUUUAACAAAUAUUUUUAACUAUGUUCAAUUAUAAUAAAAUAUUAAAACAAGAACUAAAGAUAAGUUUGUGUAAAUCUAUAUAUAUAUUUUUUAUGAAGUGUAUUCGUGUAUAAUUAAUGAAUUACUAAAUUCUUUUCACCUUUUUUUUUUUAUAUAUAUAUAUAUUUUAUUGUUUUAGAAAUAAGAGAUUUCAAGAACUAUAGAUAAGUUUAUGUAAAUUUAAUUAUAUAUAUAUAUAUAUAUAUAUAUAUAUAAUCAAUAUAGUAUAGAUUUUUAUUUGAAAUUUUCUUUUAUAUAAGAAAAUGGGAAAAUUAUAGAAAAGUAUAAUUUUUGGAGUCUAUUUACCCUGAAAAGUCAAAGCCAUGGACUUUGAGCAUAGUCUACUGUGAAAAUGAGAAAAAUGUGCAUAUAAGUAUUAAUCACGUGCACAGAUAUAUCACUUUUAUCAUAUAAGUAUUACUUUUGUAUUACUUUUGUGAUCAAAUGUACUAUUCUUGUAAUUAGAGGGAGGUACCAUUUUUAUGUAAGUAAGUACCACUCUUGUACAGAGGUACCACAUUUGUGCAUGUAAGUACUACUCUUGUGCACAAAUGUACUACUUUUUUGUGUAAAUCAUUUUGAUUACUUGAUUUGCACCAAAAUGAUAUAUGAGUAUAUAAAAGCGGUACCCAAAGACUAAGGAUGGUUUGGGCAAAUGAAUAGCAUUUUUCUAUUUCCACAUCAAGUUUUUGUCAGAGUGUAUGACUUUGAAAAGUGUUGCUUUGACUCCAUUUUUGGAUAAAUAGAAUCCCAAAACUCCACUUUUUUGUAAUUUUUCUUAGGAAAAUUACAAUAAUGAUAUUUCUAUAAAGGGGCAACAUUGAACAAAAAAAUUAAAAAAAAAUCAA